UGUCUAACAAACAUUAUACAUAUAGUUUCUCUAACAUAAUGUUGCAGGUAGCUAUGACGAGCAAGGUUGCAGGGUUUGUGACAACCUUAUUCAUGAUGGUGAUGACGAUGGUGCCAAAAACCGUGAGCGCCGAAAACAUAGAUAGAAUCGUCACACAACAAUUCUUCGACAUGAUAAUCAACCAGGCCGAUGGUGAUUGUCCAGGGAAGAACUUCUACUCACGUGAUGCUUUCCUCAAAGCUCACAAUUCCUACCAUCGAUUUGGUAGUAUGAAUACCGAAGAUGAUUCCAAACGUGAAGUUGCAGCCGCUUUUGCUCAUUUCACCCAUGAAACUGGACAUUUUUGCUACAUAGAAGAGAUUGGAGGGGCAUCGAGGGACUACUGUGAUGAAAGCAACAUUGAGUUUCCAUGUGCACCUAACAAAGGGUACUAUGGUCGUGGACCUAUCCAACUUUCAUGGAACUUCAACUAUGGACCAGCAGGACAGAACAUAGGUUUCGAUGGGUUGAAUGAUCCACAGACAGUGGCCAAUGACCCUGUUGUGUCCUUCAAGACAGCAUUGUGGUACUGGAUGGAGUUUGUUCGCCCUGUCAUAAACCAGGGCUUUGGUGCAACCAUUAGAGCCAUCAAUGGCUACCUUGAAUGUAAUCAAGGAAACCCUGAAACUGUCAAUGCUCGUGUUUAUUAUUACACCCAGUAUUGUUCUCAACUUGGUGUUGCUCCUGGUGACAAUCUUACUUUGUGGACUGGAUUGCCAACAUUGUAUCUAUCUAUAGUAAUCACACAGUUUGAUAGAAUUCUCCAUCAAGCGAUGUGGAACAACAAGGUGCAAAACAUGAACGCCGGAGUAACGAGAGUGACGGUGAGUUUCUUAGCGUUGAUGCUAAUAGGGUGCCAACAAGGUGCUUGCUAUGGCACUGACACAGCCAACCAUGUUACUGUGGCUGACAUUGUCACAACUGAAUUCUUCAACGCCAUAUUAGACGAAGGUGACGACGAUGCAGAUUGUCCAGGCAAGGAUUUCUAUUCUCGACAAGCCUUCCUGCAUGCUCUCAAUUCCUACAAACAGUUUGGUAGGAGUGGUUCUGUAGAUGACUCCAAACGUGAAAUUGCAGCUGCUUUUGCUCAUUUCACCCAUGAAACUCAACAUUUUUGCUACAUAGAAGAGACUGAAGGUGAAUCAAAGGACUAUUGUGACGAAAGCAACAGUGAUCAGUAUCCGUGUGCGGCUGACAAGGAGUACUAUGGUCGUGGGCCGAUUCAACUGAAAUGGAACUACAACUACGGAGCAGCAGGAGAAAGCAUUGGUUUUGAUGGGUUGAAGGCACCGGAGACAGUGGGGAGUGACCCAGUGGUGUCGUUCAAGACAGCACUGUGGUACUGGACAGAAAAUGUGAGCCCUGUGAUGGAACAAGGAUUUGGUGAAACCAUUAGAGCUAUGAAAGGUGAAGUUGAAUGUGAUGGAGGAAACGCUGAUGCUGUUCAGGCUCGUGUUGAUUACUACACACAAUACUGUUCGCAGCUUGGUGUUGCUCCUGGUGAUAAUCUCACUUGCUAAGUCAUCUCUGUUACUCAAUGCAUCAUCCAUGGAUAUCAAUCGGGAAGAACAUGCAUGUCUGAUCCUUCUUCUAUCAUAUAUCAUAUGUGUGCUGUAAAAUAAUCAGUUCUAUGCGUCAGAUAUAUCGUACCUUUCGCAAGAAUUAUAUAUGCUCCUUUUCAUUUC